UAUCCAACAUCACGUCAAUUCAAAUCAAUAUACAGUGUAAACAACACAGACAUACCGACUGACAAAAUAGUAAAAGCAGGAUUACACGGUGGUUGUAGUAGAAGAUAGGACUUUCAUCUCAUGAUUCUGACUUUAAUUUAAUUCCGAUCAAAGUCAAAAUUACCUUGUUACUCUAAAAAAAUAAAAAUCAGCAUUUUGAGAAAAAAGUCAGAGGGUGACUUUUGAUGUGCUCUUCCGUAGCACAUCAUAUUAUAGCUAUAACAUGUAUUCCUGUCUAUGUUUAUGGCUACCAUAUACAUUAAUAAGUAGUAAUUUCUACGAUAACUACAAUCAAAAGUCUUAACUAAAGAUUUCUGUGAUAUGAACACUCGCUCCGGAUAUGGAAUGACGUCGUGGAACCCGUGUUUACGCGCUGUGACCAUGUGGGCUAGUUAACCAAUAGAAUGACCUGCUGUAGGCGCGCGCAACUUGAUUCAGGAAGCAGUCGUUGAGUUGUGGCGUCGCUAUUUUUCUUUUAUUUUUCGUGGGAGAAACAAAGUAAGAAGGUCGAACCAAAUCUUUUGACAUUAUUAAGCUGCAAAAGGAGAAACAUUGAACAGAAAAAAAAUGUUCGUUGGGAUCGAGACAACGAACAUAUUAGUGCUGGGGUCGGGAGACAAUUUGCAUCAACAGGUUCUCGCCUCCUUCCCGCUGUGUGACGUGACAGAGGAAGAUUUGACCCAGAAUCCUCAGUUCUGUAAACUCUUGGCCACUCUGACUCAACAUGUGGACAGAAGUGGACUCACUGUCCCACUUAAAGCAGACCUGGACAGGGCUGAGCAGAAGUUGCAGAGCCAGAAGCGCCAGUGGCUCCGCUUUGAGAGCCUCCACAGAGGGCUGCAGGAGAUGAUCCAGGAGUUCUACGUCCGGAAGCACAACUCCACCGUUCCCCCUGACCAGAACAUGUUCUAUGAAACAAUGGAGAGGUGUCUGCGUGUGACUCGGUGUGCCAAGCAGCUGGAUCCCAGCAGCAUCACAAGUCAGGACCAGCCAUCCGUUUUGGGCCUAACGCCCCAACAAGUGCUCCAGCUCCUGCCUUCAGAAAAGAAUGUCCAACGAAUGAAACAGGCUCUUCCCAGACAGCUGGAGAGACGUCUGAAAGAGAAGUGUCUGAGCCUCGUCUCUUAUUAUCAACCUGAAUGGGAGAAUGAGAGUGAGGGUCUGAAGACCAACAAGCUGUCUCAUCUGUCCACCCUGCUGGACAAAGACAAGAAAAGAACAGAGCUGCUGAAGGAGACGUGUCGAGAAAACACUGUCCUGUUGCAAAGACAAACCCAGCUCUACCUCUCUGAGUUGAUUAAAUGCGUCCAGCUGCUCCAGACGCUCAUCUUGGAUCACAGACUGAAGAUCCAGACAGACCUGGACAGGAAGAAAUUGGAUUACUUUGAAGGCAAAUGUGAACUGGUCUUGCAGAAGAUAAAAACUGAGAUGGUGGAAAUUCAGCUGGACACUUACUCUCUUGACACAAUUUCUGCUCACCGAAAAAUAAGGGAGAACCUGGAGAGCGAGCUGACGGCUUGUAAAGCAGAGAAGCAGGCUUUGGAGAUGAAGCUGUCAUCGUUUGAGAUCUUGGGGAAAGCGUUUGAGGCGCUGGCCGACGAGUACUGCAGAUUACGGCAGGAGAUAGACAUGAAAAACUGGGCUCUGAAAGAACUGACCAAGUACAAUGAAAAAUAGCUCCCGUCUGAUAUAGAAUUUACUGUUUGGAUUCCCUUCUUUUUGAAUUAAACAGUUCUGCAGAAAGAUAAUGCGGAACUAGUGAUAAAAAAUGGUGUGGACAUUUGGUUCAUAAAAUUUUUAUUGCGGAGUUCUUCCAAUAACACAUCUUAGUUUAAAUACUCAAAUAAGAUGAGUAUCUAUAGUCCAUAACUACUUCAAUCCUACUUUAUACCAACUAAAGUUCAAAGUCCUCUUCUGUAAUUACAUACUGUUUUCCUUGGAAGAGUAUAACGUGUUGUGUGUGUGGUUCAUAUUGAUGUAUAAUUAAAUUGUUGUAUAUAGAA